UCUCACUCCCAAAGUGAAAGAAACGAUGACUUUCGCAAUACGAAUUCAAUCUUCACUACAUUUGAAUUUCUUCUCUUCCAGAACCAUUUUCAAAAAAUCCUCCAAUUCUUUGAUUCGCCAUUCAUCUCAAAUUCAACUUCCUCUCUUUUCUUCGUCACCAAUGGCUUCUAGCUCCUCCGGCCGUUCAAUUUCAUCUACGACACAACAGGUUCCCACUCUAUCCUCCGAUCAAAUGGAUCGGAUCGCUGACGAUACUAUCAGAAAAUACUCAUUGUCUAUCUCUUCCACUAAGAGAACCGGAAAAGGAAUCGCCAUUGUUUGGUUUAGAAAUGACUUGAGACUGUUGGAUAAUGAGGCUUUGGUUAAGGCCUGGUUUUCGUCAGAAACUCUACUUCCUGUAUAUUGUAUUGAUCCUAGGCUUUUUGGUGUCACUCAUUACUUUGGAUUUCCUAAAACCGGAGCUUUGAGAGCACAAUUUCUAAUUGAAUGUUUGCAAGACUUGAGGAAGAAUUUGAUGAAACUAGGUUCUAACUUGCUCAUUCGAUUUGGUAAACCUGAAGAAAUUCUGCCCUCAAUUGCUGGAGAGUUUGGAGUUCAUACAAUCUUUGCUCAUAAAGAAACUUGUAGUGAGGAGGUGAAAGUUGAGAGAUUAGUUUCUAACAGAUUGCAACAAGUGAUUCUACCAUCAGGGAAAUCUUCAAAUUCAUCUAGAUUUCCUAGAUUGCAGCUUAUUUGGGGAAGUACAAUGUACCAUAUUGAUGACAUCCCUUUUGAUAUUAACUCUUUACCAGAUGUCUAUACCCAAUUUCGUAAGGCUGUUGAAUCCAAGUCUAAAGUUCGAAAGUGCAUAGAGAUUCCUGCAUCAAUUGGUCCUUCUCCCAAUGUUAUGGACUGGGGAUGUAUUCCUACUGUUGAUGAGCUGGGAAUCGAACCUCAAAAGGUUACUAAAGGCAUGAUAUUUGUUGGUGGAGAAAGUGCAGCUUUAAGCCGAGUGCAUGAAUAUUUCUGGAAAAAGGAUUUGCUGAAGAUCUACAAAGAAACACGAAAUGGAAUGCUUGGACCUGACUAUUCCACAAAACUCUCUAUGUGGCUGGCUUCAGGAAGCCUCUCUCCUCGUUAUAUACUUGAAGAGGUAAGAAGAUAUGAAAAAGAAAGGCUGUCCAAUGACUCCACAUACUGGGUUUUGUUCGAACUCAUAUGGAGGGAUUACUUCAGGUUUCUAUCACUCAAAUAUGGAAAUUCUAUUUUCCAUGAAGGUGGUCCAAGAAAACUCAAGUUGUCUUGGAGUCAAGACCAACUCUUAUUCAAGUGUUGGAAAGAUGGUCAAACAGGGUAUCCCCUUGUAGAUGCAAAUAUGUUGGAACUCUCGAACACGGGUUUUAUGUCGAAUCGAGGUAGACAGAUUGUUUGUUCGUUUCUUGUCCGGGACAUGGGACUGGACUGGCGAAUGGGAGCUGAGUGGUUUGAGACAUGUCUAUUAGAUUAUGAUCCUUGCUCCAAUUAUGGUAAUUGGACAUACGGAGCAGGUGUGGGAAAUGAUCCAAGAGAGGACAGGUACUUCAGCAUACCAAAACAGGCUACAACUUAUGAUCGCGAUGGGGAAUACGUAGCAUAUUGGUUACCUGUUUUAAGUUUACUUCCAAAAGAUAAGAGGCAUUUCCCUGGAUCUUCUUCAUAUAUCAAGCAAGUAGUACCACUCAAAUAUGGUAUGAAUAACAGAAGCCCAAAUCAAGGCACUUCCUCAGGAUUUAAGCCAGAAAGAAAUCAUCGAUAUUGAGAAUAGUUUCGUCGGUAAGCCUGGUUUGCAGCUAGAAACUCGUAUCCUUUCCUUGUUUGUUAUUAUUAUCGAUGAAUUUGUUGUUGUAAGUUAGGAAGAAUUGAGUUAUUAUUUAUUAGCCUGAAUGAAUAAUUGUUUAUAUGGCAGUUAACUUAAGAUUGGUUACACUCA